AUGACUGCUUCCUUUUACCGCAUGGCUCCCAAUGAAGACCUUCAGAUUACAGGGAUCAUCCAUUUGUUGAAGCACUUUGGAUGGACCUGGGUUGGCCUUCUAAUUAUGGACGAUGACAGUGGAGACAAUUUCCUCCAAGCUCUAGACCCACUUCUGUCGGAGAACAGGAUCUGCUCUGCCUUUGUGGAGAGAAUGCCCAAACAAGUAUUUUUUACUGUGUUUCAAAAUUCUGUCGUGUACAAGGUAAACAAUUAUUAUUUCUAUAGCAAAAUCAAUACAUUCAUAUUCUACGGGGACAGCACCACACUGAUGCUUCUGUUAAUGUUCCUUAAAUAUGAUUCCCUUUGGGCAAGAGUGCCCAAAAUAUGGAUUCUGAGUGCUCAGAUGGAUCUAAUGUUAACAAGCUUUCAUCGUCCCUCAGAUCUACAGUUGUUCGAUGGUGCAAUUUCCUUUGAUAUUCACUCCAAUGAAUUGCCGCGGUUCGGUGAAUUCCUUGGGGCCAUCAAACCAUUCCAGACCAAGCGAGAUAGUUUGGUGAAAGAAUUCUGGGAACAAGCCUUUGAUUGUAUACUUUCAGAGAACAAUCCACCAGGAGAAAGUGGUGAAGCGUGUACCGGGAAGGAAGAUCUGAAAAACCUUCCUCCGCAUUUAUUUGAAGUGACCGGACACAGCUACAGUAUCUACAAUGCAAUCUAUGCUGUAGCACAUGCUGUUGAUGACAUGAACUUACUCAGGUCUAAAUACAAAAGAGCGACAGGGAGUAGAAGGGUUGAACUUCAAGAUCAAGACAUAUGGAAGAGGCUGGUGUCGUUUAAAGAUGUGGCUGUGUAUUUCACCGAGGGCCAGGGGGCUCUCCUGGAUCCCGCCCAGAGAGCUUUAUAUAAAGAAGUCAUGGUGGAGAAUUAUGAAAAUAUGGCCUCCUUAGGGUUUCCUGUGCCAAAGCCAAAUCUCAUCACUCGUCUGGAACAAGGAGAACCACCGUGGCGGUUAGAUUUUCAAGGGGUGGAUGCCAACAACUCAG